AUGGCGUUCGCCCUUCCAGCUCCUCAUUACUUGACGAGUCCCUCCGCAGCAUCGCUCACCGCCAAGUCAAACGGUACUCAGCAACGAAAUGGCAGUGGUCUGCCGUCUCCGAGCUCGCCAUCAGCGUCUUCACAUGGACAUGCCGGUCCUUCAUCCUCUGCACAUGCUGCCAUGGCAGCGUCAACGGCACUUUCUGCUGCGACCUUGCCCGGCGCAGCUGUGCCAAGCUCAUCGAAUCUGGUCGCAGAAUUCUUGAAAUCGCCAGAUGACCUGACCAAGAUUUCGGCACUACGCAAGAAGCUGCUCAAGGAGCAGGCCAGCUUGUCGGCCAAGCUAAAGCUCGGAGCAAAAGAGCAGCUCGAGGCGACACGAGACGGCCUGCUCAAGCUGCAAGCAACACGAAAGGACGUCGCAGCCAUCAGAGAGGCUUUUGCACAGGUCGAGGCGCUAUAUACCCACACAGAAGGCGAGGACGGCUCGAGAUCGAAUCAUCCCGACGCCAACCGCUCCUUCCGCGUCAUCAGCCAAGUUUCACAACUGCAUCGCAACUUUGUUCAGACGGAGACCACCCUCGACAAGCUUGAGAAGCUACCGAGUCAGAUUGAGGCGCUGGCGGAGAUGCUGCAAAGGAGUCAGGAUGACAUGGCGGGCCCAGCCACCGAUCUGUUACCGUUGCAUUUCCAUCUCUCGCAGCUGGAGGCGUUCCGCAACGAGACAUUUCACCUCGCUCGCACGUGCUCUGCAGACGUACGCAAUACGGUCACCGAGUACUUUGCGCCGCUAGACGGACUCAUCAGGGCGUUUGACGACUACAUCAUGACGCUGGCUGAACGAACGAUGGAUUUGGUGCGAGAGGAACGCGCGUCGGUGGUGGUCAAACUUGUCAAGAUCAUCGAGAAGGAGUCGCGCGAGGACGAGCGUGCAGCUGCGAUCCGCCUUGCCAAGCGUGCCAAUCUCGAAGGUGCCGCACGAUUCGGAUCGAUGGUGGCCAACGCACGAGUCAUCAAGCUGUACCGAUCCAAGUUCGUCGAAGCCAUCGACCGUUCCACAGCUGAACUCUUCGAGGAGUGCUGGUCGCGAUUCGGAUCCGAUGACAACAAACUCGAGUUCCUCGGGCAUCUGGACUGGAUCUAUGACGACAUGCGCUUUGUACAGUCCGAAAUCACUCCGCUCUUUCCAGAGGACUACAAGAUCCUGCGCACGUUUGUGCGAAGCUACCACAAGCAUCUGGGCACGAUCUUGCGCGAGCGCGUUCUUGCCGAGGAUCCGGAAGCAAGCGCGAUGCUGGAGCUGUAUCAGUUCACGCAAGAGUACACCAAGACGAUGACCAAGGAGAUCGGAGCAGACAAGGCGUGGCUGGAGCCGACACUACUGGCUGGCAAAGAGCAAGGCAUCAUCGACGACUACCUUGGCUUGAUCACCAAGAAGAUCGACGAGUGGACGGCAACGUUGAUGUCGGACGAGGUGCGGGAGUUCGUUGCGCGGCAAAAGCCACCAGACGAAGAUCACCAGGGCCUGUAUGGCUUGCAGGGCGCAUCGAUCCUGUUCAAGAUGGUGAAUCAGCAGGUGGACGUAGCGGCAGAAUCGGGUCAAGCGAGCGUGCUGGCCAAGGUGGUGGAGCGUGCAGCCAAGGCGAUGCACUCGACGCAGGCGACAUGGCUGAGGGUGCUGGAAAGCGAGUUCAGGAAGCAGCGCGAAGCCAAGUCACCGGACGACGUUGUGGGCGGUCUGGUCGAGUACGUGAUCGCGUUGGCCAACGACCAGCUCAAAUCGGCCGACUAUGCCGAGGCACUCAUCGCACGACUGGAGCCGAUGGUGAGCAAGAAGUACCAAGCCGGCAUCCGGGAGGCGGUCGACAACGCCCUCAACGGGUUCUUGGACGUGUCGAAGCGUUGCACACAGGUGCUGGUGGAUCUGGUGUUUGCGGAUCUGCAGCCGGCGAUCAAGGAGCUGUUCACGUUCCCCAUGUGGUACUCGGAGGGGACCAUGACGACGAUUGUCGAGACGAUGCGCGACUACACGACGGACUACAGCGAGCGGCUCAACCCAGACCUGUUCGACGUGCUUUGCGACGACAUGAUGGAUCGCUUCCUCGUCUCGUACAUUGGUGCACUGCGUCGGGUGGGCUCUGGCAAGCUUCGCAUGCCUUCGGCAGGUGAACAGAUGCGCAAGGACGUCGAAGAUGCCAAGUCGCUGUUCUACGCCUUCAAGAAGCAAGAGGAAGUGCAGGCCAAGUUCGAAGUGCUGGAUGCGAUCCAAGGUAUGAUCACUUCAUCGGCGACCAUGGUCUUCCUACCCUACUGGACAUUCGCCAAGGCACACGGCGCUCAUCUUGGAUUCUUGGAGGCGAUGAUGAAGGCACGGGACGAUCUCAAGAGGGACGAUGUGAAUGGGCUGAUGGAGAGCGCCCGACGCAAAGUCAAGAGCGAAGGCCUCAACGAUCUGGUGCCGCAGACAGGUGGGCCGACGGUGAUGAGUCGAGUUGCGCAGGCGUACGGGCAGGCGUACGGAGCGAGCGGUGGAGGUGCUCUGCUGGCCAACUUGAGCGCCGAAAGAGCAGCAGGAAUGGCGGCGAGUGCCACCAAGGCGCUGGGUGGACUGGCGGGCUGGAAGAGCAGAGAUCGCGAUUGA